CUGUUUAGCAUCUAAUACGUUAAAGAUAGAAAUCGAAUAGCAAUGCGCUCUUGAAUCAAAAUGUGUUUUAUUCAUUUUGAACGGCUUUUAUUUAACACUACGCUCUUCAUUUAAAAAUGAUUUUCAUCCUGAACGAUAAAAAUGCAGUUUGAUAAGUGUACAUGAAGUUUUAUUGAACUAGUUAGAACUGAGAUACUUUUCUAACGGGAUAAAGUGGAAUAAUCGACAUGCCAUACAUAACGCACAUACGCACGAAAAACUAGCUUUUUUGUCGAUUUUUUCUCAAAAUGGUUGGUAAAUUUAAAAUAAUACCAUUGGACAUUGUUGCAUUAGUGCUGACAGCUCUAGCAUUCGUUUUUCAUAAUGUUGGAUUUUUUGUCGGUGCCUGGUGGAAAAAUGAGAACGAAGUUGGCACCAGCGAGUACGGAAUGAUGGGUCUGAGGAUUUGCAAAGUCUCGUGCGUUGAUAGGAGUGUACUGGAUAUAGACGGCGGAAAGGAAUGGAUAUUCGCAGUAAGGGUAUUUGAAGUGUUCGGCGAAAUAUUUGUUUGGUUGGCACUGAUACUAGCUAUCCUCACGGUCACCAUCAGACGACGUCCUAUACACACGGCUCUCAUCUACAUUCACGGCGCUGCAGCGGUCUUCAUAACUGUUGGUGUGUUUAUAUUCCUCGGAUUUCAGUCUAAAUUAAACGAGGGUUUGGAUGGCGAUGGUUCAAUCAUGUAUCCAUUUGCACUGUGUCUGAUAGGUGGAAUCACGUGUAUGGCUGCUUCCGUCAUUUCCGGGUUUGGUCUAAAGAAACAUCUACUAGAAUGGGACGAUGACGAUGAUGACGAAUAAAAAAAAGUUGUUUUGGUUGCUGUUGUUACCGGAAAACAAUAAUAUUGCGCUGAUAUAUUAACAUUGCAUCUUGUAUGAUCAUGAUACGGGAGAUAGUCUGUGUGAAUGUGUAUUGACAUGAUUACCUUGUGGCGAUUAAGAAUAUUCAAGGUGUUUAGUAAUACCGAAAUAAGUAAAAAAGUAGAGACAUUAAUGACAGAACUUUUCACUUUUCACUAUCCGUGAAAAGUUUGUAAAACCGCUGCAUAAUACGUUGUUAUUCUGUUUGUGUAAAUCUCUAUUUGAACUAAUACAAGAGUAUCAGAUA